AUGGCUAUGCAUUUGGUCGCGGAAAACAUUGGCGACGUGACGGAGCAGCAUCUUGCCCGCGAUGAUCUGCCAAAGAGGUACCUGUGGAGGAUAUGGCGCCUGCUGGAAAACAGGGGCGUAUGCUUCCAGGCAUGGAAGAUUUUCUCCAAAUCCCUCCUGGCCGAAGACAAUGAAAAGACGUUGGCUCUGUAUCGCUACCGCCAGCACAUUUGUCAACCAACUGAGAACCUGCGUCACUACCUCAGACCGCUCGAGUCUACCGCUUUUGACUUUGUCUCCCAUCUGGUCAUUGCGGGCAACUGCUCCUUUGCCGAAAAUGAGCUGUUACUUCUCGCGAAUAUGAAAAACCUUGGCAUUCUCGAGAUCAUUCAGCCAGCCGAUGAACUUCGCAUGGUGUUCCCAAACGUCGACGACCGGCUCAUCAGGGGUUGGACUGAGAUGAACGACCCCUUUCCACUCCUGAGGAUCUUGAGGCUCUGGAGUGAUGAGUCGACGACUACACAGUCGCUCAAAUACGUGUCCAAAUUUCCAUCGCUCGUCCUCUACGACGUCAAUGCCGCGAGGAGUGACUGGGCCGCAGCCGCUGAAGCUGCCGUUGAGGAAGGCUGGCAAAUGGAAGAACCUGAGCAUGGCCCGAAUGAUACCCUCCUGUGGUAUCUGUUGCUUUUCGACUCCGUUGAGGAGAGCAAACCACGACAGCUGCAAGGCCUGGCUCGCAACAUAAACGAAGGGCUAAUGAACUUUUGUCUAUCCAGCAGCCAGCCCAUCAAAUCGAUUCAUGCGCAAGAGGCUCCGGCGUUUCUCGAUCACUUGGGAGACUCUGCGAAGAGCAACCUGUCCAUGUACGUCGACGUGCCAGGCUAUGAAGCACAAACUUGCAAGGGAUUUCCAUUCGAAACCUGGGCUUUUUGGUUAUAUUCCUUUAUUGGCCAGUUGAUCAAGGACAGCGACUUGAAGCGAGUUGGCCUGUCGUCGGACAUGAGCGUCGUUUCUGAGAAGCUGGUUCUCCCCUCCAAGCCCCUGGCUUGCUUACAAUUGGGCCACCUUGGCGGCAGGCCAGGUAUUACACCCGCCGUGUCAUACGUGCGAAGAGGAUUAUUCUCCACGAGGAGAUACACGUUCUUCAGGAAUUCGUCGUCUAGCAAGAACCAGGAUUCUGUGCGGAAUGCGACAGAACUCAUGAAGCCCACGGUACAACUUGGUAACGUCGAGACAGGGUUGAACCCGAACCGCAAGAAAAGAAGGCGUCUGGACGACAUUUUACAGUCCUUUUUAGGUUCUUGA